ACUCGGGGUGGACCCAGCGUCGCCUUUGACGCUCAGGAAGUAGACUAAAACCACCAAAAGAUUCCCGCAGAUUCCGUAUCUAUUGUCCCAAUGUAACAAACGAUUUCACGCUCACCUACACUUUGGUAUAAAUACUUUCUGCGUGGAUAUUUGAGAGGAUAAUGCUGGAUGGUCGCACUCAUGAAGUUCACCAGAGAUUUGUGCAGGCUGUUGGGACUCGGGAGCGGCAGCCCGGUCCAGCAGCAGCAGGAGGAGCAGAUGGACUGUGGUGCCACAAAUCUUAAGCCGAGUGAUGACGCCGCUUUGUCACAGGAUGCAUUGAUUGGAGAGGAGGACCUGAGUGAAGAGGAGAAGGUCCGACGAAGGGCAGAGCGACGCAAAGCCAAGAGGAAGCGCCGUCGAAAACGCAAGAAGCAGGAGCAGGUUAAGCAAAAGGACUGUGGCGAACGGGAUGAUGAUGAUGAAGAAGAGGAUGCGGGUGGAGAGUCUGAGCUGGAUGAGAGCGAGUCCGAAGCGGAAGCUGGUGCUGAAGAGCAGCAACAAGGAAGGCAAAAAGAGGAGAAAAAGGAGGCAAACGCCUCGCACAACUGCGUCGCUGCUCCACCACUCAUGGCUCCUGAAGGCCUCAAGGGUCAUCAGAAAGGCCAAACCAGAUCCGCCGAAGAGGAGCCAGAGUGGGAUGUGAGCAGUGCCUUCUUUGCUAAUGCUGCCAGCCAUAUCAAACCCAAAGGAUCAAGUCGCAAGUCCAAAGAAAACAAGGAGAACGAGGCCAAGAGAGAGACAAAUGGAACCGACACCAUGACCAAGAAAAGCGCCUCACUAACCGCAGAAAAGGGCAUAAAGCUGGUGCAAGAGGGGCAGUACGCACAAGCUGCCUGUAUGUUUACAGAAGCCAUCAAAUAUGAUCCAAAGGAUUACAGGUUCUUUGGGAAUCGUUCCUAUUGCUAUUACUGUUUGGAGCAGUACCCUCAGGCCCUGGCAGAUGCUGAGCGCUCCAUUCAGCUGGCCCCAGACUGGCCCAAAGGACACUUUCGCAAGGGCAGCUCUCUCAUGGGCAUGAAGCGGUACAGUGAGGCAGAGAAGGCCAUGGAGCAGGUGCUAAAACUUGACCCAGACUGCGAGGAGGCUGUCAAUGACCUGUUCAACUGCAAAGUGCUGCAGUUAAUGGAGCUGGGUUUUGAAGAAGUGCAGAGUGUCCUCCUGCUGGAGAAGUUUUCCACUGUGCAGGCUGUUCUGGCAGCUUGUUCCGAUGCUGCCAGAGCAGCUGGAGGCCAGGACCCUGUGCAACCAGGAAGCCCUUGCCCAUCGCUGUGGGUGGGAAACGUGACAACAGAGUUAACUGAGAAACACAUAUUGGACCUUUUUAAAAUGUAUGGUGAGAUAGAGAGUGUCCGCGUUCUGCAUGAGCGAUUCUGUGCCUUCGUCAACUUCAAGGACGCAAACAUGGCUGCUCAUGCCAUGGAGAGUUUAAAUGGUUAUUGUAUUGAAAACACGCGUUUGGUGGUGCGCUACCCCGACCGCCGGCCGCAGAGGGUCCUCCCCUUCCCGCUGAGGACCUGUCUGCCUGCCACGCAGCAGGCCGCGGCAGGCGCCGGCCCCCGACGGCGCGGCCCGGUGAACGGAGACCAGUGUUACUUCUGGAGAACCACCGGCUGCCAUUUUGGGGACAAAUGUCGAUACAAACACAUUCCCGAUCAGAAGAGCAAGGACAGGAAGCCGUGGCAGCCCUGAACGGUUUACACUCUGCCUCAGUACUGGACCGGGUUCUCUGGGCUAUUUUAUAUGAACUGUUUGCAGGACUGACUGGAAUAGUCAAACAGAUCAGAGCCAGAUGUGGCUGGCUCUAAGGCAGGGAUAGUCACACAUGUGCCACAACGGGUUGGGGGAAAAAGAUGCUUAUUUCAAACUAAAGCCUUUGCUCAACGAUAUCGCUCUGUUGAAACAACGUUAUCCGGAAAGGAGCAGCAUAAUGAACUGAGGUAUUCUUUGUUUUGAAUAAAACUGUUGGAAAGCCCAUGGUGACCUACUCCAGCUUUAGGAGACACAUCUUCGCCUCACAGAUGUGCAACCUAAGGAGGAACUGUUCUGGUCUGCUAUGGGGGGGAAGUAAGGGCUCUGUCAUGUAGCCUAAUGAUUAAAGGGCUCAGUAUGUUUGGGUUUUUUCAGGUUCUCCGGUGAUGAUCCUGUGGGAAAACGGUAACUCCAACCAUACUGAUUUUCUUAGUAGCAGUUCCGGUUUGUCCACAGCUCACAGCCGUCUACAGUUCAGUCUGCUGCUGGUUUUCCCCCAUUUGUUGUUCCUUCUUUCGAUAUCAGCACAUUGCCUGCCAGACCAAAGACUUAAUUACAGCUAUGCAUCUCGUUUCACUACCCCCCCCCCCCCCCAAGCACAUGAGUUCCUUUGUAGCGAAUAAGCUACACAGGCCCAGAUUAAUGCCUUCAUACUGUAUUGCAUUGGUAAGAUUAUCCUACAUUGGUACACAGACUCAAGAAGUACAGUUUUCUUGAGGAUGAAGGCAUGGACAGGGUGUAUAUUCCCAUUUGAUCUAUUGGCAGCCUCUUCAGUUGGAGUUUUGAAUAGAAACCCUGCACGCCUAUUAUGGAGGACGUGUUCUUGUAAUCCGACUUGCUUAAUGGCUAUGCAAGACAAUAACACAAGUUCAUCCUACAGGACUCUGUCACUAAAUAUAUAUAUAUAUAUAUAUAUAUAUAUAUAUAUAUAUAUAUAUAUAUUCAGACAUUCAUGGCCACGUGUAACAGUGUUUUUAACCUUUUUAGGACCUCCAUUUCAGUAUUUCAGUAAACCAAAGAAUGCUUCAUCUGCUGACUGCAUUUAAAACCUGCCUUGUUUCUUAAUAAGUUUCAACACUAGGUAGUGCAUUUAUCCCCCUUGGCUUCUGCCUGUAUCGUCCACUAGAUACUGAUCACAUCAACACCUGGUUUAAGGUCCGCACUACAUUCACCAGUAAACUAUGCAGAGUAGAUGAAAGUAUGUAUUUCAUUUUUAUUGCUACCUUUCAUAUUUUGUUUUCACAAAAGAACUUAAGAGCUGUAACUGGCUUUUAAUUUUCUGGCCUUUUGGCGUUUCGCUAAACCUCUGUUUCUUUUUGGCUAAAAGAGAACUGCAUUAUUAAGAGCCAUUUGGUGCAAGCACUUUCACAUGCUACACUUUUGCUUUUUUUUAGCUUUCUAUCUUGUGGCAAAAACUUAAAAGUAUUAUGGACACCAGACUUUGAGGACUGCACUCGUUGAACUUGCUUGUUUUUGAGCGUGUAUGGCAAUGCAUUUCUUAGCAGAUUACUAAAAUGCAUUGGAUGUUACCAUAGCUACAUUUUAUUUACUUAUGAAUAUCUCAGAUUUGGACAAAAGAAAUCUCUGGGUUUAACUUUAGCUAAUUGGAUCGUUGUUUUACAUGUUUCUACUUUGUUCGAAAAGGCAUUUUUAAUUCUAUCCACCUGAGCACUGCAAACCUGCUAAUCUUUCAAAUAUUUUGUAUUAUUGUUACUGCACUGCAAAGAGUAUUUUAUAUUUAAUAAAUGUAUUUGAAACACCUA